AUGUUGAGGCGUUUGCGACCUCAUCUGGUCAGAUCAAUCACUCAGUUGCGAUCUGCGAGCAAGCAUGCCGCUGGACCCGUCAAGAAUGAGUGGCUGCUCAGCAAGAAGAACGAUGAACUACGCCAGACUGCCGUUGAAUGUGGGACAAGCUGCUCUGGGACGAAGCAGUCGCUUGUCGAUGGGCUGAAGGACGCUCUGGUGGGCCUCGAAGGCGGAAAUGAUACUCACGGUCAGAACUUGAGCAUCAUCAGUAUAGAUAUGGGCGUACGAAAUCUUGCCUAUUGCAACCUUCAAGCUAAGCUGGACACUACUGGAGCCUUGGAAGGGCGGCAUCGAAUGAAGGUCAAGGUAGACGCAUGGCGAAGGAUAGAUAUGACUGGUCGUGAGAACGCCCCCUCCCCAGACUAUGGGAAGGUGGCUCGUUCGGGUCAGGCAAUGGAAGCACUCAAGCCGGUACUUGCUAAAGAAGACUUCAGCCCGACAAUCUAUGCUGAGCGAGCUCAUGGCUUCAUCUCUGAAAUUCUGCAGCAACAUAAUCCCACGCACGUGUUGAUAGAACGACAACGGUUCCGUUCAGGAGGUGGCCCAGCUGUGCAGGAGUGGACGCUCCGUGUUGGGAUGUUUGAGUUCAUGCUAUAUGCGACUCUUCACACUCUAGCCAAGCAGGAGAAGCACAAUGCUAUCGUAAUUCCGGUCCAGCCAGCCAUGGUAAACAGGUACUGGCUGUCUCAAAACCAAGACACGUCCACCACAGCGGCAAGACCCAGCAGUGCUGCAAUGAAGAAGUACAAGAUCGAUCUGGUCGGACGCAUCCUGGGUGAUGCUACGACUGCCGGAUACAAUUUGACUUACGCUCAUCAGGCAAGAGCAUUGAAAGAAGACUUCCUCGACAAAAUCGGGCGCGUAAAGGGAAGGAACAAGCUAAGCAGCUCGCCAAAGCUUGACGACCUGUCUGACUCUUUGCUGCAAGGGCUCGCCUGGAUCGGUUGGCAAGUAAAUAGGAAGAAGCUUCACUUUGCGAUGCGCCCGACAGCAAGGUGA